CACGGAUUCAAGAUUCUAUGUCUGACGUACGGGUGAAUCAGUCGAGCAUGCAUCCAUUCCAUGCACCUCUACAUCCGUCAGCCAGUCACAAGGUCACGAGCUAGCUGUACAUGACAUGUGCCACACCAAUCCAACCACACACGCUCCCUCCCGCACAUCCACCCAGCCAGCCAGCCUGCCACAACACCACAUUCGUGUGUCCAUCCAUCCAUUCAUUCAUCCAUCCAUCGAUGCAGGGCCAUGUAUAUGCAAUGGCAUGGAUGCUUCGAGUGUGUCUACCACCGCCCCUCCCUCCCUCCCUCCCUGUCUGCUGCACGUCUGUCUGCCCGUCAUUUCUACACUACUACUCCUCUUCCUCCUCCUCUCCCUCAUCGGCCUCCUCGUCGUCGUCUCCCUCGUCGCCCUCCUGGCCCUCCCACUCCUCGUCGUCACCCUCACUGUCGCCCUCCCGCGCGCCGGACGAGGCAGCAGCAGCAGCUGCGGCGGCAGCAGGGCGCGUGUCGACGUCCAUGGGUUUCGGCCCGUCGUCCUCGUCCUCGUGGUCCUGGACGGGCGUGUCCUCCACCUUCUUGGACUCGGUGAUCUUCUCGCUCGCCUUGACCGCCGCUGACUGCAUGAUCCAUCCAUCCAUCCAUCCGUCCAUCCAUCCAUACAUCCAUCCACACACGCAGAAACAGACGGAGGCGAAAUUUGUGUGUGUCGGUGGCGGUUGGGGUGUGGUUGGUUGUAGGGCUGACCCGUUUUGAUUUGGCAGAUCCGAAGAAGGCCUCGAGUGUGGGCUGGUUCUUGGGACGGUCGGCGUCCUUGCCCUUCUUGCCGCCGCCCUUGCCGCCGCUCUUCGCUUUGGCUUUGGCUUUGGACUUGGGCUUGGACUUGUCGGCCUUGGUGUUGGUCUUCUUCACCGACUUGCCGCCCUGACAUUCGCACACACACACACGACAGAGAGAGAGAGGGAGAGAGAGAGAUAGAUAUCCAAGCAUAGGAAGGGUGGGUGGGUGGAUGGGUGUGGCUGUGUGGCUGACCACUUCGUCCUUGCUCUUGCCCUUGCCCUUGCCGCCCUUGCUGGCCUUGGCCCUGGCCUUUGCCUUAAGGUCCUUCUUGACCUUCUUCUUGGCCUUGCCGCUGCUACCGCUAACGCUACUGGCACUCCCGUCAACAUCACCAUCUGCACACAUACACACACACACACACAGAAGGGAGAGACAAAGAUAUGAGACAGCCACAAUGCCUGUUGGUGUGUCAUGUGGGUGGUGGUGGUGGUGGUGGCGUGUGAUGUGUGUUAUGUGGGAUGGCAUACCCUCCUCCUCCUCGUCAUCGUCAUCAUCGUCCAUCUCGUCAUCGUCAUCGUCGCUGUCAUCAUCGUUGCCGUCGGUGUGCCGGCCCGACAGGAACUCGGCCGCACGCACACGAUACAGACGCUGCAAAUCUAUCCUGGCAGUGGCUGCCAGACACACACACACACACACACGGAGGGAGAGAGAGAGAGAGAGAGAGAUGUGUGAGGGGCGGGAGGGGGUAUGGGUGUGUGAGUGUGUGGGGGUGUGGGUACCUAUCUGCCAUCCGCACGCGUGGCAGAGAUUCUUGCAGUCGUGCUUGUGGCCGGGCUUCUUGGCGAAAUGGCUGGCGGGGAUCUCGACCUGGAUGCCCUUCUCAGCCCGCACCCGGCGGAUGUCCUCGUAAACGACGCCCGCAUACACGUGCUUGCGCCACCUACGAUCACACCAACCACACACACACACACACGCACCGAGAAAGAGAUACGGACACAUUGAGACCCCCCCAAUGAUCAGUGACGUCUCUGCCUUACGUGAAGCCCCUCUUCUUUGCCUCCUGUGCUGCCUCGGGGCAUCGGGGCUGCGAUGGGUCGCUGGGGUCGGGCCUGUGCAGCUUCUUGCCUAGGUCGCCCAACCUCCCGCCCAGCUGGGCCAGCUCGGGGCAGUCCAAAACCGUCUCGCCCGUGUUGACGAGCGGGGCCGAGAACUCCUCGAUCUCCAUAUUGGUCGCUGUGCCUGCAUCAAUCGGUCGGCCGACACACAAACACAUGGAUGGAUGGAUGGAUGAUUCAUGUGUGUGUGUGUGUGUGUGAGAGGGGGGGUGCUCCCUACCAAGGUUGAUGUAGUUCCCCGUCUGGCUGUCCUUGACAGUGAGGUAGAUCUUGGGCUCGUUGCAGUUGGGGUUGUAGCAGCGGGCCAUGACGUCGUUGCGGAUGGCCGCUGCACCACACACACACACACACACGCACACAAGAGGGGCUGUGCGGGUGUGGCUAUGUGUCGUGUGCUGAUGGACACUGACAGAUCUUGGCGUGCGUGUGGUCGCUGUUCUGCGUGAACCUGCAGCCACAUCACACACCACACACACACACACACACGUGUGUGUGCGCAUCUCACCCCCCACCCCCACCCCACACACAUACCACAGCAGCCGGUUGCUCUCGGGGUAGUAGACGUCGUCGUACUUGACGCCCCUCAAAUCGCCAAACGACCUGCACAGCACACAACACAACACAACACGGCACAUCACACAACUCACCUUCACCCUGGCAGGCUUACAUGCUAGAGGAUUCGCUACUUUGGAUGACAGCCGCCUUGACCUUCUUGGCCUCCUUGUCCUCCUUGUCCUUGUCGAUGGUCUGCUUGACGCGAGUGAGGAAGAUGAUCCAGAAGGUCUCGUCGGGGUAGGGCAGGGUGUAGUUGGGGGGGUCCUCGCGCAUCCGCAACUUGACUAUACCAGUGCCAAACCUACAAUCUGCACCACACACACACGGGGACACACACACACACAUGGGAGUGAGAGUGUGUGUGUGUGUGUGAGUGCGUAUGUGUGGUGGCGGGGCGGGGUGGUGUGUAGCUUAGCUUACUGUCUAGCUGUGACAUGAUGAUCUUGGUGUUCGGCCCAUAUUCCUGCAACUCGCGCCAAUGCUCACUGCACGCGCACACAGACACGUCUGUCUGCAAGAUCCCCCCCUCCCUCCCUCCCUCUUUCUGUCUGUGUGUGUCCCCUUCUCACCCACCGGAAGAAGGUCUCCAUAGCGAAGUCCCGCUGCUUGGCGUAGGUGGAGUUGUCGGUGCUCAUGGCCCUCUUCUGGUCGGCCCGGCGAAGCGCCGUGAAGUCGUACUCGCACUCGACGCUCCCACCGCCACCACUGCUACUGGCCGCCGCUGCUGCUGCCUGUUGGACCAAGACACCGCACCAUGGACACCAUGCCACAACAAUCACAUCCAUCCAUCCAUCCAUCCAUCUAUCCAUCCAUCCAUGGGAUCUCCCAUGCAUCCCUCCCCAUCUCUGUCCUCUCUGUCCCUGGUGUGCAUCCAUCCCUCCCUCCCUCCCUGCUUACCGCAGCAGCAGCAGCAGCAGGCGCCUCCUCCCGGCCUUCGUCGUUCGCCUCGCCCCCAUCCCCCAUCUCCUCAUCACCAUCACCAUCACCAUCCCCCUGCAGUUGGCGGCCCUUCAUGGAAGCAUCGUCCUGCAUCACGUCCACCUCUGCUGCGGGCGACGCCAUGGGCCCGCUGUCGAGGGCGAUGCCGUCCUCAGCUACGUCCAUCACACGCUCACCGACCUGCCUGCGGCCCUGCGGGCACCUGGGUGCCCUCCGCCUUGUCCGCCAGCGGUGAGCU